AUGGCCGGACUCGCACCACCUCGCCAAUUCGAGCGCGACUCGCUCGAGCUGGCUUCCCUUGCUUCGGACCACAACUCGCGUGACAGCAUCGACUCUUCGGCCUCAGGCGUCCCUUCGUCGCGCAAGCUCUCCGACGACGAUGACCACCUCGGUACCCCUGGACCUAGCAGUAGAGGCCAAGGCGGUCGUAUGAACAGAUCUUAUUCAGUCUCCUCAGCCUUCGACUUUGCUCCCGCACUUUUCCCUCUGUCAAACUCAGGAGCAGGAUACACCGCUAUAGGCGCCCCGAGCGGACAGCCAUUGGCAGCAGGAGGAGAAGGAAGCUUGGAAAGACACAAGACAUUGACGUUGUGGAAGGGUGGUCUGUCGCUGGUCGUUGGUCUGAUCAUUGGUUCCGGCAUCUUCUCGUCACCUGCUCAGGUCAACAUCAAUGCUGGCUCGCCUGUUGCAGCCCUGACAGUAUGGGUCAUCGCUGGCCUGCUUGCUUGGACUGGCGCUGCGAGCUAUGCUGAACUCGGUAGUGCCAUGCCACUCAACGGUGGAGCGCAAAUCUACUUGAGCAAGAUUUAUGGUGAAUGGGCUGGCUUCCUGUUUACAUGGUGCGCUGUCGUAGUGCUGAAGCCUGGUUCUGCUGCUAUUAUCGCUAUCAUAUUUGGCGAAUAUACUGUCAGAGCCUUUAUCGGUGCCGACGCCAUGGAUGCAAGCAUCUGGAUCAACAAGGCCGUCGCUGUAGCUGGACUUGUACUGGUCACUGCCCUCAAUUGUGUCUCCACAAAAGUCGGCACACGCAGUACUGAUGCUUUCGUUCUCCUCAAGUUCUUUGCAUUGGCUGGAGUUACUGUUGCAGGCAUCGUCGUAGCGAUAACAGGCUGGAGCUUCGAAGGCAAUGCUUCAAGAGAAUGGAAGCAGCCUGGGUUCUGGGUGGACGGCACAAAGAAUGACCCUAGCAACUGGGCGGUCGCCAUCUACGCUGGUCUUUGGGCUUAUGAUGGAUGGGAUAACGUCAAUUAUGUUGCAGGAGAGUUCAUCAAUCCGCANAAGGAUCUCCCACGGACUAUCCACACUUCGCUCUCGAUGGUCGUCCUAUCGUAUUUGCUCGCUAAUAUCGCCUACUUCUUGGUCUUGCCGUUGGCCACCAUCAAUUCGUCCAAUACAGUCGCUGUAGCGUUUGGCCGAUUUGUUCUUGGACCAGUGGGCUCGUUCAUCCUCGCACUGAUCGUAGCUGGAUCUUGCUUUGGCAGUCUGAAUGCUACGACCUUCACGUCUGGGCGUCUUGUCUACGCUGCUGGUAAGGAAGGAUAUCUCCCUGCCUUCUUUGGACAGAUUGGCUUUACCAAGGACAGUGUACGUCUUCCGUAUCGUCCUUCUCGAGCUUCUCGUUUGACUCGUAUCAUCGCCGACGAUGGUGUUGGAUUAUUUUACACGCCUGCAUAUGCCAUGAUGCUCAACGCUGCUUUGACUUUGAUGUAUGUCGUCGUUGGCAGCUUUGGAACCCUCACAACAUUUUAUGGAGUUGCUGGAUACACCUUUUACUUUUUUACAGUUCUUGGUCUCAUCGUUCUUCGUGUCAAGGAGCCAGACCUCGAGCGACCGUACAAAUGUUGGAUCACUACACCUAUCAUUUUCUGCUGCGUCAGCUUGUUCUUGCUCAGUAGAGCUGUGUUUGCGCAGCCAUUGCAGACGUUAUUGGUGGUGGCUUUCAUCCUUGCUGGUUUCCCACUGUAUUGGUGGAGGAUGAAAGGCAGAAACAAUGGUCAGGGAAGAAAUCAAGAAUUGGACUGGAAGUUCUGGGAACGAUGGAUACGACGAUGA